GUAUUUUAUUUUCUUCAUGUUCGAUGUCGUAAACCAUUUUAGUUUUUACCUUAAAAAGUGAUAAUAAAGUUCGAGCGUCCUUUAUCUAAAUAAUAAUUAUAUUUACGUGAAACAGUAGAAAUGAGUAAACGACCAUAUACUGAUCAAUCAACUGUAAGUACAAUAAAAAUACGAAAAUUAGAAAAUGAUAACUAUCAAAUCGAUAAUCGUUCAACGUCCGAAUAUAACGUAAAAACUGAACCCGAAGAUGAUUACAACUCAUCAUAUUCGCACGAUAUGUAUAAUUCAGGUCAAUCCUACAUGGAAUACGAUCCAUUAGCACCAGAUUACAAUUCAUCAGCACAAAAUUCAUACAAUCCGUUACCAGAUACCAACGAUGGGGAAUUAGUCUGUACGCCAUCAUUCGAUGCAUUUGAUUCGAUAAUUCAAUCACAAGAAGAUGAAGACGAUAGUAAUGAACCAUUUUUAAAUUUACCGCUUGAAAUUAAAAUUAAUUCGAUUCAUAGUAUGGCAAAUCAAAAUUCAUCAUCGUUUCCCACACGAAGUACCGCUCAACCGGAAAUUCAAGACGCAAAUGGAUAUAUUGAUUCGAUUUAUGAAACAGAAAAUGGUGAUAAUCAAUCAGCUCAGGGCGCUAAACCAGUUAAGAAACGACGUGCUAUUCGUCAUCUCGUAUAUAUUUUUGCGGACGAUGGGAAUCGUUAUUUCCCGUGUCAUUGUUGUACGAGUGCUUUUAUUAAAAAAUACUUACUGAUUAAACAUAUUGUUACGAAGCACAAAGAUAUUAUUGUAUGUAAGCUUUGCGCGUGUAUUUUCACGCAACAAAUGCAAAAUUCGUAUCAGCAACAUAUGAAAGCGCAUAAUAUGCGUUUACCAACGCAAACAAAACAAUGUCCGUUAUGUCUAUUUUGGUUAACACCGAAAUGCUAUCAAGGGCAUUUAUCCAGUCAUAAUUUAUUACAGAAACAUAUUUGUCGACAAUGUCGACAAGAGUUCCCAUCAUUUUAUGUACGGGCUAAGCAUGUUUGUCCAAUGCGAAUUUAUUAAUGUUUUUUUCCUGGGAAUUUCGAGUGAACAUAAUGUUUGAAUAAUAUGUUUACAAUUCUUAUUUUCGAUAUCGAAUAUUUUAUGUAAAAAAAAAGUUCAUGAAUGGCCACAAACUGGGAAUAAUCGGUAAAAAAUGAUUGACCUUUAAUUUUUUG